CGUUCAUCGUCCCUCCCGCAGUGGCCUCGUCAGCGCUGCCAGCGUGGAGCCGGCCUGGGCUGAGACGGAAGUUUCCGGUGGGGCGGCGGCGUGCAGCGGCGACCCCACCGACUAUGGACGCAACUCUGGAGAAGGUCUGCGGGGGCGGCUGCCGAGCAGGUGGUUGACCCUACUCUGGCAGAAAUGGGAAAGAAUCUGAAUGAAGCAAUGAAGAUGCUAGAAGACAGUCAAAGAAAAGUGGAGGAAGAAAAUGAAAAGAAGUAUGCACGGAAGGAUAUUCCUGGACCGCUGCAAGGCAGCGGCCAGGAUAUGGUGAGCAUACUUCAGUUAGUUCAGAACCUAAUGCAUGGUGAGGAGGAAGAGGAGUCUUCACAGGCCUACCGUUCCUCUGUUGUGGCUUGCAGACUUCAAAAUGUUGGUGAGCAGGGUCACAUGGCUCUACUGGGACAUAGUUUGGCUGCCUAUAUAUCAGUACUGGACAGGGAAAGACUGAGAAAGCUCACAACAAGGAUCCUUUCUGAUACUACUCUCUGGCUCUGCAGGCUUUUCAGGUAUGAAAAUGGGUCAGCUUAUUAUCAUGAAGAUGAUCGUGAAGGUCUCCUAAAAAUCUGUCGACUUGUUAUUCACACACGCUAUGAAGACUAUACAGUAGAAGGAUUUAAUGUGCUAUGUACUAAGCAGCCUGUUAUAUACAUUAGUUCUGCAGCUAGAACAGGCUUGGGCCAAGCUCUCUGCAAUCAGCUAGGGUUACCCCUCUCUUGCAUGUGCCGUGUGCCUUGUAACACUAUGUUUGGAUCUCAACAUCAAAUGGAUGUUGCUUUGUUGGACAGAUUGAUUAAAGGUGAUGUUGAGUCUGGAAAACUGCCUUUGUUGCUUGUGGCUAAUGCUGGGACACCAGGUGCUGGGCACACAGAUAAACUUGGGCGGCUGAAGGAACUUUGUGAGCAGUAUAAUGUGUGGCUCCAUGUAGAAGGUGUGAAUUUGGCGACUUUGGCUUUGGGCUAUGUCUCCUCUUCUGUACUGGCAGCUGCAAAAUGCGACAGUAUGACUCUUACUUUGGGUUCGUGGCUGGGCCUGCCGGCUGUACCUGCAGUGACGCUCUACAGACAUGAGGAUCCUUCUUUGUCCUUAGCAGCUGGGCUGACAUCGAGUCAGCCUGUAGAAAAACUUCGUGCCCUGCCACUGUGGCUCUCCUUGCAGUACUUAGGCCAUGAUGGGAUUGUGGAGAGGAUAAAGCAUGCUUCACAACUAAGUCAAAGGUUGCUGGAAAACUUGAAAAACCUGGAUUUCAUUAAAACUUCGGUUGAAGAUGAACUGAGUUCACCGGUGGUGGUUUUCAAGUUCUUCCAGAAAUAUUUAAAUAGAGAUCAAACACUACAUGCUGCACAGACCUCAGCUACUCAGCACCCCAUAAUAAAUAAUGAACGACACAUUAAUGACACUUUCAAUCAGUGGCUAGGAGAGCAGUUGGCACAGCUGGUUCCUGCCAGUGGGGUUGAUGUGGUAGAACUGGAAGAUGAAGGCACAUGUGUGCGUUUCAGCCCAUUAAUGACUUCUGCAGUUUUAGGAACUGAAAUACAAGAUAUUGAUCAGUUAGUAGACUGCUUAAAAAUGAAGAUACCAGUACUGACAAGUACGCUGCAACUGAGAGAGGAGUUUGAGCAAGAAGUGAGAAGAACAGUAGACCUGUUGUAUAUUGAAGAUCUCAGCUGGCCAGGAUUAGGUGUUGUAAGAUACAACUACCACAGUGAUGGGAAGAACGAUGACAAUCAAGAAAAAGAAUUAGAAAAAAUAAAUGCAGAACUUCUGAAAAAAUUAAAUGAACUGGAGUCGGAUCUCACUUUUUCUUUGGGCCCAGAAUUUGGAGGACAGAAGAACUGCAUUUAUAUUGGCAUGGUAGCUGAGGAUCUGGAUGUGUCGGAGUUAGCUGAAACUAUUGCAGCAACAGGCAGAGAAAUUGAAGAAAAUUCAAGAUUGUUGGAGAACAUGACUGAAGUUGUUAGAAAAGGGAUACAGGAAGCACAGCUUCAGCUUCAGAAAGCAAAUGAAGAACGACUUCUUGAAGAGGGGCUGCUACGACAAAUACCUGUAGUAGGUUCUGUGCUGAACUGGUUUUCUCCAUUCCAAGCCUCACCAAAAGGAAGAACAUUUAAUUUAACAGCAGGUUCUCUAGAAUCCACAGAAUCUACAUAUGUAUCAAAAGCCCAAGGCACGGGUACUACUCCGCCACCAACUCCUACUUCCAGCCUCACAAAGCAGAGGCAUCCUGGUCAGAAAAUUUUUAAAAGGUCUCUGAGAAAUUCUGAUGCAUUUAGUGAGACCAGUUCAGUCAGCCACUGUGAUGACCUGGAAAAGGUGGAUCAGAGACCCCCAACUCUGUCCCCUGCCCAAGAGCAAAGACCACUGGAGACAGAAAAAUCAGAGCUGCCCAAGGAAGUGCUCCAGGCAACAAGAAAAGAUACUGAGGACAUUCAAAGCGGCAAAUCAUCAAAUGACUGCAUGGAUGUGGAAGAACAAGAAAGUCAAAGAUAAAAACUAGACUCUGGAUUUAAGACUGUACAGAUAAAUCACAUGCCCUAGAAGGCAGGGUAUUUUAAUGAUGCAUUUAAAAUGUGAACAGUGCCACGCUAGUGCAGUAAUAGCUACUGUAACUUAAUAACUGGGAUUUUGCACAAAUAUAAAUUUUCCCCACACAGGAAAGAUUUGUCUUACUGUACACUUAUUACAGUUGCUUUAAUCCUGUACAUGUCAGUAUCAUCAAAGUUGUAGAGAGAUUUAUUAACUGCUUGUAAACACUUGUCAAAAAAAAAAUAGGCAUUUCCAGUUCCAGUAAGACUUCAAUCUUGACAGCAGUUGCUAACUCAGCAGCCAUGUACAAGAUUAAGAAUACAGUUGCACCCAGUAAUUGUAAAUUGAUCUUAUUUUAUGUGUAUGUUUUUAAGAAACUGCUUUUUCACUUUUUAUAUAAAAAAUUCAGUGUAACCUCUCCAGUAAAACAGCCUAGUCACACUAGUUCUAUUUUUGCUUUUUAACACUUUCAUGAAGAGCAUUGCCAAGCAGCUGUGGUGCAGUGACAGGGAUGGAUGCCUACAUGUGUAUAUAUAGGAGUCACUGAAUCGUACUUUGUCAUCACAUUUUUUUUUUCCUGCUGUUAUGUGACUUGAGCUGUUCAGCUGAGGCCCUGAGUACAGGACGACGUAAGUUAUUGAGUUUUAAGCAGUUUAGAAAGAAAUAGUGCCUCUGCAUGCCUAAAUGGCUUCUUGCUUCUACCACUGAAAAGAAUCUCCAACAUGUUUUUUUUUCCUUUGCAUGACAUUUAUAACACAUUUAUGUAGUAUUAACUGGACUCUCCUUGUAGUGUCUUCUUAAAGACAGUUACAGUAAAGCUUGAAAAAAAAAAACAACCCUAUAUUUGUGCUGAUUUCAACACUUAUUUUUGAAUAACUAACUUUACUAGGGUAGGAACUGUACAGAUUCACUGAAAACAUGUAGUUUAUUUACACUACAGCACAGGUUCAUAGUGUCCAGGACUACUUAAGGCACAAGUUAAGUUAAGGUUUGGAUACAUCAAAAGCUACAGUGUACAGAUCUUUCCUCUCCCCCCACACCCUCAACUGAAUUACUAUAGCUGCUUUGCUGCAACUUUUCAAAGCCUCUUGUGGAAACAAGAUCUUUUGGAAAGCUUGCUAUCCACAAGGCAUCUGAUUUUGGAGAAAACCUUUCUAUCUUUACACGGCUUGAUAGAAGUACUGUAGUUUGAUGUGUUCCUUUUUUCUAAAGGGUAUCAAUUUAAUAACUGUAAUGGUGGCAGGAUUAACUUUGAUCUGAAAAAUUAAGGGUUUUUUGAAUUGUAAUGUCACCUCAUUUGACUUUCAGCAUCUAAAUCCUGUGGGUAAAUUUUGCUCUUGGGGUAACUUAUGUAAGUCAGAGUGCAAUUUUUCUAAACUAGAAAAACAAUUCAGUUGACUAGUCUUCCUCAGCGAUUUCUUUGGUGCAAUGAAUAGGUUAAUAAGAGUAAUUUGUGGGGAAUAAAAUUAUCACCACAAUGAUUAAUUUUCUAUGUUUUUAUAUUUGGAAUUGUUAAACUGGUAGUUUUGGUGGAAUGAGCUUCAUUCUUCAGAUAUUAUCUGUUUCAAUAAAGAUUCUUCAAAUUAUUA